AAUUGUUUCAGUCCUACCCUCCAUUUCUACUAAGUCUGCAAGUAGCAGACAUCUCGCGAAGUGCGGCAGCAGAAGAGGAGGGGGUUCAGUCAAAACAGCAACAACAACAAAAGCUGCUUAGAAAGGGGGAAAAAAAGAAAAAAAAAGCCGAUUCUGAAGGUAGUUGUUAAUUCAAAUACGGAAUUACCAUUAUAGAACAAAGAAAAUGUUUUAUCUUACAUAAAGAGGAAAUCUAUGAUUACAUUUUCUGUAUAUAUAUAUAUAUAAUAUAACCAAACCGAAAUAGUAAUUGCUUCACAAAAUUACGAGAGAAAAAUAUAUGAUCAUCUAAGCAGCGAUUUGAAGCUGUCCCAUGUUUCGAUCCACAACAUAUUACAGUUGUGGUUGGUCAGUCCAGUCCACUAUUGCUUCAAGAUUGAAAUGACCUUUUAGUCUGUCCAAAACCUAUCACUCCUCUUGUGCCUUAACACAACAAUAGUGCACAGGUUCUGCACCAAUGUUCCUUGAAAAGACAGAAUCAACAAAAUUCCACAAUCAACAGUGAAUAAACUGAGUGUGAUUUUGUUGGAGGUCACUGAUAUUUCCUUUCAAGGUGAUGAAAGGCUAUGGUGGCUGAAAAGCUCAGUAAUCGCGAAGAUCUUAUAGAAAACCUUGACUCUGAGCCAGUGUUUGAUUACCUGCUCCAGCAUGGUGUCAUCAGUAAAGAAACCUACAAUGAUAUUAACGAAGAAAAAGAUAUGCCUCUGCGGAACCAAGCUCUGCUGCAGCACUUGGAGGGCCUUCACAGUAGCAAUGCGAUGGCCCUCUUUAUUAAUGCUCUACGACAAUCCGGGCAGCUUGACUUAGCAAGCUCUCUAGACUACACCAAAAGAAUUAAACCCGUCCAUGGUACAGGUUAUUUGCAAAGAGACCGAUAUAAAGGUCAAGUGGCUAUACGCAUCCAGGUGGAAGCUGUUAAGGCACUUGUUCCAAAAAUGGAACUCUUGGAUAGAGUGAGUGUUGAAGACCUUAGUAGCAGCACAGGAACACACAGUGUCGAAAUCAGCUUCUCUCCAAGUCGACGACGUCACUGUUCUUAUGAGAAUAUGACAUUAUUAGAGUCGCCUGAGGAGGGAGCAAAUAUUCAACCACAUCUCAUCAAAGAGUAUGCUUACAGUCAUGAAGAUGAUGACGAUAUCAUCAAACCGAAGAGAUGCUGGUGCAUCUGCUUCCCAAGCCUAUUCCGUCGUAAAAAAGACCCCAAACAAAAGAAGCAUAAUGUUCCAAAUCGUCGAGAUCGGACACAGCAAGUUACUCCUCCAGACAUUUCACGAUAUACCAAUGUAGUGACCAGCUCUCCAUCUACUCGCAUUAAGUGGCAUGAGGAAAGGGCAUCGCUAAAUGGCAAAUAUUAUCUGAACAGAAAGUCUAGCAAAAGUCACAGAAAUGAGAAUCCUAAUAUUACUGAUAUUGUUCAUUACAAAAAUUCCUUGAAUGAAAGUCAUUAUUCCUCUCCUGAAUCUUUAAAAAGUCGACACUCUGGUAAUUCCGUUUUGAUUCAAGGCUACAGGAGAGAUUCGAAUAGUAUUGCCUCAAGCAAAAACAGUAUGUUCCCUGGGCCUUCCCCUGCUAAACAAGGUAUGUUCAUGUCACUGGAGCAAGGGAGAUCGAUAUCUAGGAAAGUUGAAUUGGCAGAAGAAUGGCGUGGCGACGGAGAGGUUUUGGAUGAGAAGGCUCACAGGUUUUAUGUCCUCUUUGAUAGUGCUGGAAACUCACACUAUACAAACCUAAUAAAAUAUUUCGAACAAGAUCGAGGAACACUUGUUAUGAGUGCGCUUCGAAGAGACACGUUAGUUGUAAUGAAUAUUUGUAUGACAAAAGAUCAAUUAAAACAAUUGCAGUCAGAUUAUUCAACUGGCAAGCUAACCCGUGAUAUUGAGCAACGGUUGGUCAACAUGCAGGUGUUAAAUGCUGUUGAUGCCAAAGAGUUGCGUCUUUCCACUAUUAUAGACGAUAGUGAAUUCAGCCAAGCUGAAGAAGAGCUUGGUUGAAAUGCUGACCAAUGAAAAAUGGAUAGUAAUUCCACUGAGUGACUAUGUUUUGGUGCUCUUCGACAUUAAAUUAUUGAAACAUUUUUGUAUCUUAUAUCUGCUAACAUAUUUCGGAACAAAACACAUCAUUAUAUUUAUAAAAUUUUCAACUUAAAAUUUAUAAGUUAGUGAAGUUUUAUGUUUUUCGUUUUUUUUUUUGUUUUUGUUUUUGUUUGAACAUAUUUAAUGUCAAGCAUUACAAAAGGCUUUGUUAGUUCUACUUAGUAUAUUUCUAGGUUAGAAUGAGUUUUAAAACGCAAAUACUGUGCUACCAAAAGCUUAUUUUAAAUUGUUCAAUUUAUAUCAUGAAAAAAAAAGGGGAAAAAACUUUCUUUUAACCGAGCAAAUUUAUGAAUUAGUAAGCCUGUAAAAUACCAGCUAUUCCAUUAUUUAUAGAGAAACUUCUCUUGGCUUACUUAGCAAGAUAGUUUUACAAUUUUUAUUUUGAAGAUUUUGUCAGGGAAAGGAAACGCCCACUUUUGACUUAAGCUCACAAAAGUUAUCUACCUUUAAGUAAAGAAAUAACAGCACAAAUAACAAACGAAAUAAUUUAUAAUUAAUGCCAAAUUGUUUUUGUUAUUAUUAUUUUAAAUAUUUUGUGAAAGAUGUUUGGGUAUGAGAAACUUUAUUUCUAUUUAUUUUUCUGGAACAUAAAAAUGCCACUCUCCUAAUUCGCAAAUAAUAUUGUCUGAUAAUUUUGGCCUCGUAGAUAUCAAUCAUUAUAUUCGCAAGAAACCCACUCAUAUUUUGUUAUAGCAAAUAUUUAAUGAUAACAAUUAAAAAUAUAUAUAUUUCUCCCAACGAAUAAAAAUAAAAUAAAAUGAAUAAGUAA